AUGGUGGAGCUAUUUGCUGGGAUGGCAGGGAGUGGUGAUCCGGAAGACAAGACGGGUUUUGAUGAUUAUGUCAAGGGAGUGAAUGAGCACUACAACAGCCAUAGGAAGAUCAAGAUGCCAAAGGUGGUGAAGAAGUAUAUGAAUGUUUCGUGGGGUGUUGCUAAGGUGAUGGCUGUUGUGUUGCUGUUGGCGAUGUUGGCUGUUCAGACGUUUUGCAGAUGUGUAUAA